AUGGAUCCAUCACUCAGCCACCUCCCCUCAACCUCACCGCACGAGCCCACCAACGACGACAACAACACCAAACCAACACACACACCGGCAUCCAUAAACGAGCAGCGUCCUCCUUCCUCGGUCUUCCGGUCGCUGAACUCGACCCCGCCGUCAUCUCCGUCGCGCCUGCCGUCAGCCGCCGCUUCCCUGCGCCUGCCCGUCGCCAAGCCGGUCUCUCUGGCGGCGAGCCUCUGGCGUUUCUCCCGCCGCGCCUCGCGAUGCGUCUCGACCCUCUCCUGCCGCCCGGUGCCGCCACCUCCAUCCCGGCGCGCGCGGCUCGGCACUUCGCAUUCGCAAAGCUCCUUCUUCUUCUGCUCCGGCUCCUCCUCCUCCUCCGUCCCCGGCCACUUCGUCCAGGUUUCCAGGUUCUCGAAAACUUCAGGCAAGAGUUUCCUGCACAAAAGAUGUCAUGGGGAUCUGCUUUACGUCAGCGACCCCUGCGAGCAUUGCGUUGCGGGUGGGGAUGAGGAGGAGGAUCUGGGGAUGUACAGGGGGGUUUUCCGGGGGUUUAUGAGGUCGAGGACGAGGGCGUGUUUGAUAAGCAAGCAGGCGAGGCUAGAGAACAGGGUUAGGUGUCCUUAUUGUGGAGCCAGGGUUUGGAGCAUGAGAGGGGCGAGGAUGGUGCCCAAGAGCGCAUCAAGGAGGCUGGGCUGUCCUGAAGAGGGGCUCGAGUAUUUUGUCUGUGUUAAUGGACACUUGCAUGGGAUUUGUUGGUUAGCUCACUUGUCUGAUGAUGGUGGUGGCGGUGAUGAUGGCGAAGAUGGAGAGGACGAGGAUGAUGAUGACGAGGAUGAGGACGAUGGUGACGGGCACAUUGCCUAUUGAGAGGGAGAGAUAUUGGCGAUUUUGUUGAUUUGGUUCUUGAUUUGUUGUUUAAUUUACUUUUUGUGUUCGAUUUUAGUGUUAAUGCUGAGCUUUAGAUCUGUAGUUUGUUGUUCCCAA